AUCCCAUUCACACGAACUAUCCAUCCCCUCGGUUGUAGUAUCCUCAAACACACCCACAUCCCUUGGUCCAACCUCAGAUAUGUGCCCCAUGACUAUUUCAUCAUCUCGUCCUCAAUAUGUACCCCCGCAAUACCUUUAUGCUGACUGGUUACCACAAUCUACCCCACCAGACCUGUCCCCUUCUCUUGCUAAAUCACCUCCGAAUGCGUAUUCUCCCGCCAAAGGCCACACUAUGUUCGAACAGCUAAAGGAACACAGCGUGGUGUGGGAGCAGACCCUUGAUGUUAUGGUGCAGAUGGGUAUUACUAGGGAAACUAACGGUCCACUCGACAACAACAUCUUCCGAACACGACCACGCACUCUCAACCUCUAUGCAAACAAAAACUUAUCCUCGUCCUCUGUAUCUACCAUCUCGACCCACUUGGACACGAACCAACUCCCCAACACUCGUGGUAUCCGCAGGACAGAGAAGCUUGUUGAAGCGCUGUUUAAUCCUGUACCUGUCACAUCUCCAGGACAACUCACCCCCUUCACAUAUCUCCACGAGCCUUCUGCACAGUUGCAUGACCACUUUCGAGAACCUGUUGCAGAAGACAGGUACAUCCAAGUUUAUGGGGAGGGCGAGGAUGAAGCAAGACUUGCAGACGAAUCUCUAUAUUCGAAUUCGACUUCUGUGGACCUGAACCACCCUAUUCCAGCGCGCUUGGACUUGGAGAGUGAUUAUCAGAGUGUGCAUUUGAGGUGGACUAGCUCAUUACGUGCACCAUCUGUGAAGAGUAUGGCUGCGAGGUCAAUCGUGAUGAUGGAGUGGGGGUGAGCACUGCUGUGUCAAAUAUGACUAUUAUGAAGAAGUGCAUGUGGUGGCGGAAGGUGUUCUGUGCGGGGGCUGCAUUAUGAUCGUAAAGGUCUUUCUUUUUCCUACGUCUAC